AUGAUUGUUAUUAUCAUUUCCAUUAUAAUAUUAUAUUUGACUUAUUGUUUAUAUCAACAUUUUUUUUCUUCAUCUAAAAUUAAUCCAAAGGGUAAAUAUGUUCUCAUCAGUGGUUGUGACACUGGUAUCGGUCAUGCAUUAGCAAUGAAACUUGACCAACUAGGUUUUAACGUUUUCGUCGGGGUUCUAAUUCCGGAUAAUUCAGCAUUAUUAAAAGCAAAACUUUCAUCGAGAGCAACUGUCUUUCGUCUGGAUAUUACCAAACAAGAAGAUAUUGAUGCUGCGUAUAAUUUAGUCAAAAAAACAACUAACACUCUCCAUGCCUUAGUAAAUAACGCUGGAAUUCUAACACACGGUUGUAUCGAUUGGACUUCAAUGGAAAUUAUGCGUAAACUCAUGGAUGUGAAUUUCUUUGGACAUGUUGCCAUGACAAAGAAGCUUUUACCUUUACUCAUCGCUAAGUGUGAUUCGCGUAUAGUCAAUGUAGUGUCUGCCGCUGGAUUCUUUACUUUUCCCAAUACAUCCGCAUACUCAGCAUCAAAAUAUGCGUUGAAAUCUUUCUCGGAUUGUCUUCGUCGUGAAAUGGCUUCAUGGAAUUUACGUGUCAGCAUAAUUGAACCAGGCGCACUGCGAACGCCCAUGAUGGAAAGGUACGAAGAUACUUUGAGAAAUGUAUGGAAUGGACUUCCAAGUGAUGUUCAAGAACGGUGGGGAAUCGAUUAUUUAAAUGGCAUUAUUACAAAGGCGAUCAAUAGUCCAUUUAUGAUCAAUGCUGAUAAUCCUUCUAGAGUUGUACGAGCCGUUCAGCAUGCGGUGAUGAAUCCUAAACCUCGUAUUCAUUAUCGACCAGGUUGGCAAGCCAAAGUGAUUUUUUACAUCUUUUAUCUGGCUCCUACUUGGUUAAGCGAUAAAUUGCUAGUCAAAGCGAUAAAUUUUGUUCCCAGUGGGGUACAAUCUCAACUUUUGAACUAA